UGGCCAUGUAAAGACGAAAUCCACUGUGUGUCGUUCAUUCUGUAUUUCAAAGGAGUAAAAUAAUGUCAUCUGCCACAAAUAUUUCUUAAAAUAAAGAAAAUAUUCAUUAUCAUGCAGCUUCUGACAUAUCAGUUCCGUCCGAUGAUGAUUCAGACGAUGAAAUUCCAUUAUCAGUUAAAUGAAUGGUCGGAAAAUGUUAAGUUUUAGAAGGCUGAAAUAUUCGUACACUUACAUCGAAUACGAUACAAACUGAAAAACAUGAACACAACAAAACAUAUUUUAUAAAAUACAAAAACAACGUGAUUACAUAAACAUAUGAUUGUAAAUUUAAUAAUCUUUCAAAGGUAAAUGUAUAUAUUACAACUUAACUGUCUCAUCGCGUGUCACAAAACGUUUGUGUACAUGUAUACAUCAAAAUUAAACAAAGGCAUGAUCGAUAUUCACACAAAAACGGGUGUCAAUUUUAAGUAUGCUUUUGUACAAAGUCUUUGUUAAUAGUGUAUUUCUAUUUAAUGGGGUUCAAUGUCUUUACAUGUGAAAAAGUAAGCGAACCAGAAACGUUCAAAUAUUUUCAACGCAGUAGGUUUGUUAAAAUUGUAAAUACUUCGAAGUGAAAAUAUUUUUCUAUUUGGAUAUAGGUUACGGAUGAAAUAGGAUAUAAAAAUAUUUUUUGAAACUUCGAAGGUUUUAGAUAAAAAAAAGACUGAAAGAUGAGGUGCUCACGCACCGUCUGUGGUAAAGAGGGUGAUGGUAAAUUCUGUAAUGAAUGCGGAGACGAGAUGAUUGAUGAGAAGAUGGACACUGUUGUUAUUUGUCCUGGUAAAUUUGAUGAUGGCUCACCAUGUGGAGCAGACUUGGUGCCGGUACAGAAGUUCUGUAAAAACUGUGGGGUCAAAGUUGAUCAGUCGCUGUUUACAAGUUUGCAAGACACAUGUCCUGAAUGUGGUAAAGUUCUUGAGCAAGAAGCGAAGUUUUGUAUAGAAUGUGGACAUAGACUGAAAAAGCCUAUUGUAGGAGGUCAGCAUUCAUCUAUUGUGAGAGAAGUGGAAUAUUCUGGAAGGAUUGAAAAAACUGACUGUAAAUCUAGAAUGGAAUCACGAGCCGACAGCAAACAAAAUGAUUCAGUAGAGACAAAUCAUGCAGUCCUUUUGGCAGGUACGAGAAAUGUAAUUGAGGAUGGUAACAUCCAGGAUGGAAAGGAUAUAAAUACAGAAAGGAAAGAAAAUAAAAGUCUGAAAGAUGAUAGUAGUGGUCAUUUUGAAAAGAGAGAUGAAAAUAUUAUAAAAUCAGGCUGUAGUGGAUCAGAAAACAUAGAUAAAGCUCAUUCAGAAAUGUCUGAAAACUACAGUGCUAGUUCAGUGAACACUGAAGCAGUUCAGUCAACAGAAAAUAAGUCACAUUUGAAACCAGAGGAUGAUACUGAAAUGGCAGUCAACGAGAGUGGUAUGUCUGAUGAAAAUAAGACGGGACAACCUGAAAUUUCAAAUAAUCUGACUGGAAACAUUAGCAUAAUUCAUGAAACUUCACAAACUGACUUGUCUGAGCAACUGAAAGAAGUCCAUAUUGGAAAAAGUAUGCACAGGAAUCUUAAUAUUGUUGAUAGUACAAAACCUGCCAGCAAUGAUGAGAAUAUGAAGGAAGACAUAGGAACAAAUAACGAUGAUGCAAAAGGUGGAAAAGAAGAUGCUGCCAAAGGUGGAGAAGAUGGCACUAUGGAGGUACAGAAUUAUAGAAAUCGACAGGAUGAGUCCAAGAAACAGACAAAGACAGAGGACAGCAAAGUCAAAGCUGCUCAGAGGAAGUUCAAUGAAAAAUGCUUUACGGUUCAGUUCCAUGUUUUGACAAGUGAGGACUUCCAUUUUGAUCCAGCAAAAGACAAAUGCAUAUUGAGGAUAGGCCAUGAAGAACUGGGUGGCUGGAAUAGACAAGAUCGUAUAAUGAAAGAAAAAAGGAAAAUAGACAACUAUGUGUAUGAGAUGGUAUAUGAUGAAGUGAUACCUACACGACUGAUAUCUGGUAGACAUUCCAUUUCAUACAAGUACAUGAUCGUCCGAAGUGGCAAACCAGAUAUGGUAAGAUGGGAAUAUUAUCUGAAAAAUGACAAGCCAACGAUCACAAAAAACAGGGAUUUAACCGUGUACUACCUGAACUUCAAAGGAUUAGAAUUGUGGCAUCAAUAUGAUUGUUUUAUGGAAAAUGAACCAAAGUCUAUGAGGCAAAUGGGGUUUGGCUUGUAUUGUUUCACAUGGAAGAAAACUCUGAUUAAGCAUGCGGAGAGGGCUGUAGAAAUAUUCUGUCAAGAUUUAAUGGAACAUGACAAAAGUGUUCUUACAGUAGAUGAUACUGUUCAACAGCUCAGAAUGCUUUCAGAAUGCAUGAAAAAAAUCUAUUUAGUUGAUGGAAGAUGCUAUUUGGACAAUGAAGAUUUUUCUCAAAAUAUGAGUACAUUCAUUACAACAGCCUUCAUGAAAAAGGCCAAUUUGAAGCAGAUGUUGACAGUGGAAACCAAAGAAGAAAAAGAAAAGACAACAACUGCAGGACUCACACUUCUGUAUGUGUUGAAAACGAUGGAACUGAAUAUGCCAAAUACAGAAAGUGUACGGGCACUGGCAAAAGCCUUGAUUGUUUCAGCUGAUACAGACAAGAAAGAAUGCCCAGAGUUACAACUGGCAGAUAAACUUUUCCCUGGGAAAAGGAAAAUCUUGUUGGAUACUAUUCUAGCUGUCAUAAAGAAUAUUUCUGGAGCAUCAAAGGACCCAUAUUGGCUUUGUCUUUUGCCUUGGGUACACUUCCUUUCUGACGAAUGUGUACCAUUUCAAGCUUCUGAAGUAGAUGUGAAACAUGACCAGACUCAGAUAUGGUGGGGAGUAUCCGCAAUAGACAGAGAGCUUGAAGGUUUCAAGAAAAAACGAGAAAAUUGGUCAAUUCCUGCAGAAAAGAUGUUGAAGCUGUUACAGCCACUAUUUGAAAUGGACUACCUUCUUCCAAGAUCAUUUAUAGCUGCUGUUGAUUUGGCAGACUUAGAGAAAGUCCUAGAAACUAGAGCAAUACCAGUGGAAGCAUGCCUUGCUUAUAUGACGUACAUGUUGAACGUUACCAAGCCAGAAACAUGCUAUGAUUAUGGAACAUGCAAAUUCCGAGAAAUCUCUUAUGCUGAACAAACUGUCCACCGAUGUAUAGAUUCAUUGCUGAAGCAGUUGCAAGAAACUUUCUUCAGUGAAGAUUGUGUUUUAUCACGCUGGACAAUGUGUUACAUCAUUGCAUCCCACAUGUUGAAGAGAAGCAUGGAAAACAAACGGUUAGGUACAAUACAGCUUUGUGCCCAGGCUUUCAUUCACUGCAUUGCCAUGUACGACAGAGUAGUUGCAGAACAAAAAACACAAGACAAAGAGGCAAAAGGCCAUAGCAAUGUCUUGAGAGAAAAUGCAAAAGAUGUAGUUAGAUUGGUGGAAACUUACCAAAGAUGGCAUAUAGAAAUGGAAGACAUUUUAAAUGUUUGGAACGGUGUAUUCGCCCCAGUUGUCCUGCAGUCUGAAGAUGUCGGAAAUACAUGGAACAAAAUUAUAUCAGAAGGACUAUUGCAGAAUCUACAGCGUAAAGUAUGUAAGGAGAAAUUUAUAAGGCAGAAGUUUGUGGAACUUUACUGUCAGAAAGUAGACGAGUACAACCGAUGUAUGCAAGAAUGUAUGAGUCGAGCGGCUUUUCUGGCUAUAGCUAAGGAAUACACUGUUGAUUUUGGUCAGUUCUCACCGCAUGAAUAUAAGCGUUUUGGAAGUCUAAUCUCUCAACUAUUUAUUUCCGAAUGGAAGAAAAAUGUGAAGACAGGAAAGGAGGAAGAGUUGUCUAUGUUGAGACAUUUCCUGAGAUGGCCACCAUUAUCACAGUAUCUAAAAAUAUAUUACAAAGACCAGAAAAAAAUGGAAAUACUGACAGAAGACUGUUUGGAAUGCUUGAUUCAAGCGAUCUCUGUUAUUGAAAGUAAACUAAUAGCAUUGUUGUCGGGUGUUUUGACUAUUGGUGAGUUUAGCCUCAUAGCAGAAAAAGAUGGUAAAUUCCCAGAGCUUGCUGGACUUGUACAUUCCAAGAAGGAACAUACUGCAGCCUUUGUUAAAAAAGCUAUUGAAAUACGUCAGAAAGAGUUGGGAGCAUUUCAGUUACUGGCAAAACAAAUGGCAACACUGGCAUCUGUGUGUACACAGUUAGCAAAUGUUGACAUGAAGUGCAUUGAUGACACACUAAAGAAACAGGAACACAUAGAAAGACACCAGAUAAAAGAAUUCUGUGAGCCCGCUGAUGUAACUAAAGUAGACAUUAUUGAAACAUACAAGCCCAGACUGUGUGCAUUUAGAGUUUCCCCAACGGUAAUAAAUAUUGUACCACAUCUACAUGCCUGCUGUGAAAGCAGUACAUUCAUGAUGUUCUGGAAUGGUCAAUGCCAAGAGGUAUAUAACCAGUGUGCUACACUAGACGAUGUAGUGCAGAAAGUUUGGAGUGUUGUCAAAAAUAGAUGGGACACAAUAAUAAACAGAAUAUAUAGCGGUGAUAUAAUGUUCAAAGACUUUGAGAAAGUGGUUGGUCAGAGGUACAGAGACAGUUAUGACCAGAUGAAAGUAGAGUUAAGGAUGAUGAAUAUCCCUGAGAGAUGCAUCAAGGAACGUAUAGAUCAGCUGAUGAAUUACAGACAGCUGCUGGAAGCUUGUGUAAAAGGAGCAAAGACAAUACUAAAGUUUGCUCAAGAGUACAGACUGAAGGGAGAUUUUGCUCAAAUAAGAGUAAUUGCAACACAUGGAGAUCAAGACAUGAAAGCAUUUGAUAACAGUGUAAUGAAAGCCUGUGAAUUUCUGAAAGACCUAACACCAGACAAGGAACAAUGCUUGAAAAUGUUUGUUAUCUGUGAACCACUUGUCCAUUGGCUGAAAGAGUCAAUGAAGAAAUCUGGAUUAAAAGAACUGAAAGUGUUUGUGGACCUGGCCUUCAUGUUGGCUAGGGAUGAGCCAAUCAGUAUAGCCCGUAUUCAGUGUCUACACUCGGCUGUAACAGGAUAUGCCCCUCUCAUAUUUGACCUUGAUGAAAGCUGUGGGUACAAGCAGUUAUUGAACCUUUCUGCUGUUGUAUGGAAAGAACUUGAAGCAAACCCUAAACUGCCAGACAAAUUGAAAGACACAAAUCGCCAGCUACAGUGGCUCAAAGAGAUCAAGAAAGAAGUUAACUCCCUUAUGCAAGCUGAGGCCAUCAAUGCUAAUGGAAUAUUUACAGUUGGUAAAAAUACAUGGAAAAAGGAUGCACAGUCUCAAAAUAUAGAUGGAACAUUGAUGGAACUAAAGGACACCUUGAAGCUGACUGUACCAGAGCAAGAGGGUAAAAGAGAGUUGAGGAACUACACAUUCUCACAGUUACAAGACUUGCAGAGUAGACUGAUGCUGGUGACAGGUAAAGCUGAGAAAAGAACUGAUAGUGUGGACAGAUUCACCAUGAUAUUUGACAGUAUAACUAGGCUUAGCAGUGUUUAUAUGAAGCUUUGUUCAUCUGGCUGUGUCCUCUUCAAAGACUGGACUGCAAGGUUUUUCUGUGACCCUGAACCUAAUCGACCAGUUUGUGCUGUUUUAGAAUUUGGGCAAGGUGAUGGAGCUCCUCAACUGAAGGUUCGAAGGUCGGAGACAGAAGAUCUACAAGACAUUAUUCCUGAACUUGCAAACUUCAUGGAGACCUGUUUGGAAGAGUGGUUGAAGUACAUAAACAAAAAAUGCAAGAGUUAUCUUCACCUGAAUUAUUUCACUGUAGACCAGUUAGUCAUUCUUCAGAAAGAGUUGGUGAAAAUGGGUCCUGACUCUGAACCUUCCCAUCUUGUCUACCCACUACUUUCUGCUGUAAAAGACAGAUGUACUCCAGAUGACCUACUGGAAGCAAUGGCUGCAGCAAAAGAGGAGAUAGAAGGAGAUGCAGAGAUAGAGGUUGAAGAAGAUGGUGACAGUGACAAUGAAGAAGCUGAAACAGUAGAAGAUUCAAUUGAAGAUGAGAAAAAACAGAGUUUUGUACAUGAGCUGGUCCAGGCUGGCUAUGAAGAAGCCCGUGCUAUCAGAGCAUUGGAAUUUGUGGACCCAGAGGAUGUGACUGCUGGUAUAGUUUGGUGCAUGGAUCAUGAUGACAUUGAAAUGUCUGAUGAACAUGACCAAUCAUUGCCAGAAACGCUUGAGCCAUUGAGAGAGCAGCUUACACAGCGACCUAUAUUCAGUGGCUGGAGCCAAUCGCAGACUGACAUACAAACCAUGAUCACAGCAAACAUACAUGUAACUGGAUUUGGGAAACAAAUCACUGUUGGAUCAGACCCUUUGAUCAGUGAUCUCAAAGCAUUAUGGAACAAGUUUUUAGAGUCGAUUUCCUCCAACAUACGGGACUAUCUUAGUCUAGAACAUCUUGGUAUCAUCUUGAAAUAUCUUGCCAUAAAAGGAGAUGUUUUACCGACCACACUGUCUGUAUAUAUGAUGGACAAAGACCAGCCAUUGCCACAGUCAGGCGAAAUACUGAUGUGCACAAGCCAAACUACAAAAGAUGAAGUUCUUACCACGAUACCAAAGAGCAGUAUGAUUGGGAUUGUUGAUGGGUGCGAUUCAGGAUACGGGGACCUGAAAAAAACAGACUGUGUCGUACAUGGAAAAGAUACAGAACAGACUGGAAGUUGUGAGUUGCCCUGCACCACAUCAUGUCUACACAAUGCAGAUGUUCAAUCUGAGGUAUUAGUAAAGAAAGGCGCAUGUGGAAGUGAAGCAGUUCAAUGUCAAAUUGAUAUCCCUACCAGGAAAGGAACGUGUCCUACAAAUAAUGGGAAGGCCACAUUGACAAGCAGUGGAAUGAAAAGUGCCACUAGCUAUGACGAAUUUGAUCAGAAAAGACAGUUCUUAGAGGUAGAACAACAGAAGUUGUUGAUUGCCAAAGAACAACUUGAAUUGGAAAAAAGAAAAACUGAACUAUUAGAAAAAUCAACUAUACUACAGACUAGAUCAACAGAAGCACUUGAAUCUAUACUUGUUAUUUUAAGAGAAAAGUAAUUGGAUGAUGUGUUAACAAAAAAUUUCUUGAAAGUUAAUUAAGACAUAACAUAGGGCAUAUAACAGGAACGUAUUUUAAUAACUUAAACUAUCUGAAUUUUUUUCCUCAGAAAUUAUUGAUAUGGUGUGUGGUUCUUCUUGAAAAUUUUGAUCAAUUUUAUUGAAAGUUAAUGUCCGAGUUACCACAUAAAAUAGAAUAUUUAUUUUCAUUAAUAAAAAGUUUUAUCACAUGUUUGACGUCGCAGGAGUGAAAUAAAACCAUUUAUUUUAUGUUCUUCAGUGAAAUACUGAAAUUUAUCAUUGAAAUAAAAUUGAUAUUUUCACUGUUUCAAUUUUCACUGUUUCAAACAGUGAAAAUAUCAUUUUUAGCUCCACUAUUCGGAGAAUAGGGGGGCUAUUCUACCCGCCCAGGCGUCGGCGUCGGCGUGACCUUUCUUGGGUAUAGUUUUUCGGCAACCUUUGUUUUUCUGUCAUAUCUUUGUUACUGUUACAAUCCCCAUAACUCUUAUUGUAUUUUUGACAGAAUUAUGCCCCUUUCAUACUUGAUGUUUUUUGGCAAUCUUUGCUUUCUGGACAUAACUUUAGUACAAUAUAAGAUACAGAUUUGAAACUUAAAAUGUGUCUUUAUCAUCAACAUCUGCAUGUAUGGUAACAACCCCUAUAACUCUGAUUUGUAUUUUUGACCAAAUUAUGCCCCUUUCAUACUUAAAUCUUUUGACAAACUACUUUGGUACUGUAUAAGAUAAUGACUUGAAACUCAAAAUAUAUAUUUGCCAUCAUCAUCUGCAUGUGUGAUAACAAUCCCAAUAACUCUAAUUUGUGUUCUUGACAGAAUUAUGCCCCUUGGUGUAUCUUCCUUUAAAAAGUAGAGGUCUCUUAUUGAGACAUAUAUUCAUUUUACUGUCAAAUCACCAAAUAGUGGAGCGCACUGUCUUAUGGACAGCUCUUGUUAUUUUUCACUGGUUCGGAACUACACUUGAAUGCGAAAGAAUAAGAAUUAUUAAAUGUAGAAAAUUCCUUGCAAAAUAUACUUUAGUAAAGAUAUAGAUGUAUGGAAAUACUAACAGGAUCAUAAAUAUAUACAUUCUAUCAUAAUGAAAUAUAAAAGAAAUCAGGAAACGUAAUAGAACUAUUUACAGUUUUUCUACAAAGAUAUCUUGACGUCACAACAUUAUGACGUCAUGAUGCGAUGCACGUGACGUUGCGCGGACAAACUGGAUAUAAUUUUGUUAAAACCAUUAAAAAUACAUAAAAUAAAUAGAAAAGUUGUUUGUUUUAGUAUAAGAUCGAAAUAUAUUUCACUUGUGAACACCAUAAUUUACAUUUUCACGAGUGGCUGUGCCACUUGUGAAAAUAUUGCAUUAUAGUGUUCACUUGGUGAAAUAUAUUUCGAUCUUACACUAAAACAAACAAAUAUACUCUAUUACAUAAAUUUGAUAAUACACUAGUGUAAUAAAGCUUUGACGUUGACGUCGUUUUAAGUAUAGGAACCGUUGGUUGAAUUUACUUGGUCUAUAAUAUAGGUAUAGAAAGAAGAAAUUUUGAUAUUUCAGCAGGAAAAGCUUACAUGUGAUAAAAAAGAAUAUUACAUUUGUGUCCUUCCACCGCCUCGGUAGCCUAGUGGUAGAGCGUCCGCUUCGAGUGCGGGAGGUUGUGGGUUCGAUCCCCGACCGCGUCAUACCAAAGACGUAAAAAGUGGUACUAGUAGCUUCCUCGCUUGGCGCUCAGCAUUAAGAGGGUAGUGCUAGGACUGGUCAGCCCGGUGUCAGUAUAAUGUGACUGGUGGGGUAUCAUGUCACGUGUCUACGGCGUGAUAUUCUAGUGAGGCAGCAUUAUAAAGUUGGGCAUUGUGCUCACUGUUACAAGUAGACACCGUCGUUUAUAUGACUGAAAAAUUGUUGAAAAAGACGUUAAACCCGAACACACACACACACACACACAUUGGAUUUAUCAAAUUUGUUGAAUAAAAUUGAUAAAAUGCUUGGCAGGGCCUCGUAUUUUAUUAUUUUAUUCAACUUGUUUAAUAAAUUCAACAUGUAAUAUCCUCUCUAUCUAUUUUAUGCUUUUCGGUGAAAUACUGAAAUUUAUCAGUGAAAUAAAAUUGAUAUUUUCACUGUUUCAAACAGUGAAAAUAUCAUUUUUAUUUUUCACUGGUACGGAACUACACUUGAGUGCGAAAUAAUAUGAAUUGUAAAUGAUAGAGAAUUCUUUGUAAAAUAUUCUUCAGUAAAGGUAUAAUUGUAUAGAAAUAAUAACAGGAUCAUAAAUAUUUACAUUCUAUCAUAAUAAAAUGUAAAACAAAUCAGGAAACAUAAUAGAACUAUUUACAGUUUUUCAACAAAGAUACCCUGACGUCACAACAUUACGACGUCGUGAUAAGAUGCACGUGACGUUGCGCGGACAAACUGGAUAUAAUUUGGUUAAAACCAUUAAAAAUGCAUACAAUAAAUAGAAAAGUUGUUUGUUUCAGUGUAAGAUCGAAAUAUACAAUGUAUUACACUCGUGAACACCAUAAUUUACAUUUUCACGUGAAAAUAUUGCAUUAUAGUGUUCACUUGGUGAAAUAUAUUUCGAUCUUACACUAAAACAAACAAAUAUCCUCUAUAUACACCAUGUUCGAUUGAGCAAAUUUUGUUGCAAUGUAAGCUAGUACCUCUGUAAAUACUUUUUGAAAAGAUUUAAAAUUGAAUACAGUUCUACAAUGAAAUUAAUAACACAUGUAUGUGAUGCAUAGUUUCCAUUAUUCUAGUUUGCUUUUACGCAAUUUGUAUACAGUAACAAGAAGUAUGUACAGCGCAGUUUUCUUUCUGUAAAUUCACAAUAGUCAAAAGAACCUGUUGUAAAUAUUGAAGAUUUGUAUGCUACAAGUUAAAAGUUAGUUGAAUGAGCCUCCUUCUCUGUUCAAAACCAUUCCUAUUGCAGACUUGUACGAUGUUGUUGUCAUUGUCUAGUAUAAUAUUGUCAAUAAUUUGGUUGUGGAAGAUUUAAUUUAAGUGCCUUGUUACGCAGUUUGAAACAUGACUUUAUUAUCUUGGCUUUUCGGGGUUGAUACGGAAGUGACCCGCCAGUACUGUGUAGACUCCUGGAAAAAAUUUGAAUGUUAUAAGAUGGUAAACUGUAUAAUUUUUGUUGCCAGUUAAAACUGAAACUGAAACUGCUUUAUUUGAUUAAACGCCUAAUUUUACACAUAG